AUGAAAUUGCCCACUCUUCUUACGUCCGCCUUCGUGGCCGCUGCCAUGGCAGCUCCUACUAUCAGUCCUGGCUCUACGGUUGCUACUGAGGCUCGCUGGGACUACGGCAGCUCGAACGACAAGCGAAACCCGGUCAAAACCGCAGCCGAGUGGGAUUUUGGCAGUACUGGGAACGAGAGAGACGUGGUAGACACAGAUUGGGACCAUGGCAAGAAGAAAGGCGAGAUGUUGUCACCCCCCUUAGCUGUCGCACUGCUGAUAUGGUCGGCGCUGUAG